CUUUAAUCAAUUAAACAUUUUUUAAAAAUCAGUUCAGUUUAUAUUAAUCUAGAGCUUUAGCAUAAUGAAGACUGGAGGUAUCUUAAUUCUGAUAUUUAUCGGAACCUGUAGUUCCCUUGGGCUCCGGAAUGGGAGACAAGCAAAGGUUGAUGUAAACGCUCAUCACCAUGGAGCAUUUGGAAGCUUUGUUAUUGGACGGUGUACAGGAACUACUGAGGGGGACUUGCUGUACUGCAAAUAUAGUGUAGACUAUGACAGGGACGAAGAUUUUAUCGAUAUAAAGAAAAUAUCGUGCGUUAGGAAGAAGGGAUGUGACCGUGAGGUUGGAAACUACAAUAAAAAGCAAAUGGUAACAAAUCUUUUUAUCCAACACUGCAUAGAAAUAACACAUGAUUUCAGGAAUGCUGAUUCUAAAGACUGGUCUGCCAGGUUUGUAAUGUGAUUAAUCCUUUGUCUAGGAAUGCUGAUUCUAAAGACUGGUCUGCCAGGUUUGUAAUGUGAUUAAUCCUUUGUCUAGGAAUGCUGAUUCUAAAGACUGGUCUACCAGGUUUAUAAUGUGAUUAAUCCUUUGUCUAGGAAUGCUGAUUCUAAUGACUGGUCUGCCAGGUUUGUAAUGUGAUUAAUCCUUUGUCUA